AAGACCGAGGCUGGAAGGAGGAGGAGACGACAGGCAUCUGGUCAAAGGAGGGCGCUGUUGAGGCGCCGUAUUCUCCUUGACCAAAAUGCAAAUGUAGGUAGGCCACAUUCUAAGUCAAUUAUUACACUGUACUGGUCUGUAUGUAGACAAGUUCAUUGUCAAUUUGAUACAUGCACUUGGAUUAUAAUAUUAGAACAUGUCGUUUAGUGUAGCCUAUAGGCUACAUUCAAUAAUAUACACACGUGGCAGAAUAGGCCUACAUACCAAAUCAUGUGAAAACUUUUUAUUUUGUUUCAAUUUGGUAAAGUUGCCUUUUCUCAUCACAGACUGGUGGCAGAGGACCCUACUGCUAAAUCCCAAUGUACCCAUCCUAGACGACCUUUGACCUCAAGCCCCACUUCUGAAUGACCCUCUUUUGACAGGCUGGUAGAGGCCUUGCAGCAUGAAGACCAGGACCAUGGCUGGGGCCAGGCCUUGGAAGCCUCCUGUUUCUCUAAUGGCUGGCCAGUGACACUUUGUAUCGUGUUGUGUCCGAGGCAUUUGAUGUCCACCGGACCACAGUGCCCCAUGUUAUCCACAGGGUCAGUGGUGGGAUCAUGAAGAGUUUUAUUCAUAUCAGCUACAGGCCAUCUGUGACCACAGGUGCAGGUUCAUCUACAUUGCCUUCCCCGGGUCUGUGCACGACGCCAGGAUCCUGUAACAGUCCUUUACCCUCCAUCCUAAGGGAUGGACUCUGCCUGGCAGAGGGUAACUCUGCCUGGCCGAGCCCAUCUGUAUAAUGACCCUACAGGCAGCCAGUGAUGGGUGUAGUGGAGGCCACCUACAAUGCAAAGCAUUCCAAGGUGAGGAAUGUGGUGGAGUGGUCCUUCAGGAUAAUGAAGACCCUGUGAAGCUCCAUCAUGAAGCACUGGAGGUGAAGCCUAGCUUUGUGUCUGAGGUGGUUGAAUGCUGCACGUCUGCCUCAGCAACUAGGACUUUGUGGAGCCUGAGGAUGAUGAUGGAAACCUGGACCAGCCUCUUCCUCAGAACGGGCAUCACCUGUAGGACCAGCCUCUUCCUCAGAACGGGCAUCACCUGUAGGACCAGCCUCUUCCUCAGAAUGGGCAUCACCUGUAGGACCAGCCUCUUCCUCAGAAUGGGCAUCACCUGUAGGACCAGCCUCUUCCUCAGAAUGGGCAUCACCUGUAGGACCAGCCUCUUCCUCAGAAUGGGCAUCACCUGUAGGACCAGCCUCUUCCUCAGAAUGGGCAUCACCUGUAGGACCAGCCUCUUCCUCAGAAUGGCCAUCACCUGUAGGACCAGCCUCUUCCUCAGAAUGGGCAUCACCUGUAGGACCAGCUUGCAGCUGCAGAAUCAGGAGUGGGCAAUGUUGCAGCACCCGCUAACCCCAUCCCAGGAUAACUGACAACUUGCUGGCGAUGGCAAGGCCUUCUACUGAAAUCCUCGAGAAAUACAAUAUCAUAGAGCAGUUUACAAGGUGUGGCCUUCGUACGGUGAUCAACCUGCAGCGUCCCGGGGAACACGCCAGCUGUGGUAACCCUCUGGAACAUGACUCUGGAUUCACCUACAGACCUGAGGUGUUCAUGGAGGCUGGCAUUUAUUUCUAUAACUUUGGCUGGAAGGACUACGGCGUGGCGUCCCUGACUACUAUACUGGACAUGGUCAAGGUGAUGUCGUUUGCCAUCCAGGAGGGAAAGAUGGCCGUGCACUGUCACGCCGGUCUAGGGAGGACAGGUGUGUUACUGGCGUGUUACCUGGUGUUCACCUCUCGUAUGAGUGCGGACCAGGCCAUCCUGUUUGUCAGAGCCAAGCGGCCCAACUCCAUCCAGACCCGAGGCCAGCUGCUGUGUGUCCGGGAGUUCGCCCAGUUCCUGGUUCCGUUGAGGAACGUGUUCUCCUGCGCAGAACCCCGGGCCAACGCUGUUACGCUGUCCCAGUACUUGACUCGCCAACGCCACCUGCUGCACGGGUACGAGGCGCGGCAGAUGAAGAACGUGCCAAAGAUUGUCCAGCUGGUCUGCAAGGUCCUCCUGGACAUCGCUGCCAAUAGACAGGUGGUGGUGGAGGAGGCGGUGUUGGAGGUUCCAGACCUGACGGCGGAGGUGGAGAAGACAGUGUCCCAGCAGGCCAUCCAGCUGCUGGGGAAGGAGAUGAGAGGGAAGGGCAUCCCUGUGCCUUCACCCCGCCUGCCUUGUCCCCGCCUGCCUUGUCCCCGCCUGCCUUGUCCCCGCCCUGAGACAGCCCUAACCCAGCCUUGUCCCCGCCCUGAGACAGCCCUAACCCAGCCUUGUCCCCGCCCUGAGACAGCCCUAAUCCAGCCUUUUCCCCGCCCUGAGACAGCCCUAACCCAGCCUUGUCCCCGCCCUGAGACAGCCCUAAUCCAGCCUUGUCCCCGCCCUGAGACAGCCCUAACCCAGCCUUGUCCCCACCCUGAGACAGCCCUAACCCAGCCUUGUCCCCACCCUGAGACAGCCCUAAUCCAGCCUUUUCCCCGCCCUGAGACAGCCCUAACCCAGCCUUGUCCCCGCCCUGAGACAGCCCUAAUCCAGCCUUGUCCCCGCCCUGAGACAGCCCUAAUCCAGCCUUUUCCCCGCCCUGAGACAGCCCUAACCCACACACUACACAUGGAACGACCUCUCACUCCAAACCUAGCACUACUCCAGGAACCAUCGUUACUCUUAGAGCCCCCUCUCAGCCCAGCCCUGGCCCACGACUCGGUUCUGUCCAGUGACCAGGAGCUGGACCCUCUGUGGCAGCGGCAGAAUAGGGUGGCAGCCUCCCUCCUGAAGCCUCUGCAUCCGGGGAAACGCUUGCUGAGUUACAGUGACUCAGCCUUGUAUAAGCUAGACCCCAGACGAGACCUAGACCAGGAGCAGAACCAGAACCACAUCUGGAGCAUCCCUUGCGGCAAUCCUCUGACCCAGCACCAGCUAGCCACAGCCUGGGAGCCCCCCACAUCUCCUAGCCUCCCUCCACAGCACCACCCCUUCUCCAUGGGAGAGCAGACAAGGGAGGAGAGGCGAGGAGGACAGGAAAGGAGUUCUAAGGAGAGUGAUCACCACACCCAGAAGAAGAUGUCUCCUCUCUUUCAGAGACGGAAGCAGCUCUGCGAGGGCCAGCGAAGUCUGUCCUUUGGGUUUGGGGGAAGUCUGUCCAAGCCCUCAGGAGAAGAGCUGUCAGAGAGGAGGCCGUGGAGAGGAGAUAUGCCUGUGAUGAGCCUUACAGGAGGAGAGGAGUCUGUGUGUGGGGUAGACAGGGCUGGAGACAGAGAGGAAAGAGUGAGGGGGAAGGCUGGAGAAAGAGAGGACAGAGAGGACAGGGAGAGGCUGACAGAGGUCCCUGGCAUCACCCUGUAUGCUGAGCUGUCCCUGGAAGCCAGACGUCUGCUGGUGGCCAGAGCUCUGGCUUUGGGCCUGAAUGAUGAAGAUCUCCACUACAAGGUCUCAGUGUGGCAGACAGAGCUGAACUCCAGAGAAGGAGCCUGGGAGAGGCUGAGUCUAGAGAGAGACCCUAUGGUGCUGGCUGGUCUCAUGUGGUCCUGGCUGGAGCAGCUCAAAGAGCCAAUCAUCUCCUCUCAGGAUGUCCAGGCCCUGGGCCAGAAAAACUACAACUCUCAGCAUGCACUCAGUUCUCUGGAGAAGGGCCACAGAUUGACCCUGCUCUGCAUCCUGGACUGUGCUGCUCAUCUGCUGGCCUUACCUGACAAGGAGGAAGCUGACUUCCUCAAUCACACCAUCAAGGUGUUCACUAAGAUCUCCUCAGAGAGUGACCAUGUUCUACACCAGACACUGAUGGCCACCCUGACUCCCAUCCUGCAUCAGUUGAGAGACAGAGCCGAGGAGGAGAUGGAGUCGACCAACCACUCCUCCUGAUGUUCCCUUGGGCCUCUCCUCUCCCCCCCUGUUCUUUACUUCUAGUUUAACCCAGCUCUGUUUUGACCAGCUAACCACCUCCCCUUCUUUCUCUCUCCUGGCCCAACGUUAAAGGAAAACUCCACCCAAAACUAUAUUUUGGUAUUUGUUUCAUUAGUCCAGUGUUGACAUAGUCCCAAACUGUUUUGUCAGCAAUCAAGUUUUUAAGUUAUGUAACUUUCAAAAUGCGUCAUAUGGGGAUGAUUUCUGUAUUUUGAAAGUUACAUAUCUUGGAAACUUGAUUGCUGACAAGCAAAACAAUUUAGAUAGUUUUUAGGUGGAGUUUUCCAUGAAGAUCUGUCCUGACUAGCUACCGGACGAUGCUGCUGCUGCUGCGCUGCGUUCCCUACUGUUACCAAGCUUUAGAUGAAAUAAUUAUGAUGUUGUAUGACAACGUGAUGUGAUUUCAGCAUCAAGGUUUGUUUUUGUUUGUUUUUAGCUAUUAAAAUGUAAAACUGC